AUGCAACAGCCAGUUCCAGUUCGACCAACAUCGCCUAAGUUGUUCAAGAAAAGUCAUACGAUAAACGCGAUAGCCGGAGAAAAAGUAGUACAGUCGUGCCUGUCGAGAAAAGGGAAACCACCACCACGUCUUGGAUGGGCACUGAGUACCGAUCCUGAUGGUCAUGACAUUGUUACCUGGCUAGGAGAAACACGCCUCAAAUUUUCGCAUUUUUUCAAGCCAUUUGGAGUUAGUCAGGAAUCCCUGCAAGCUGAAAUUGAGGACGAAAUUCAAAAAGACGAUCACGGUUACAUUGUCAGCAGUAAUAUAAGCUUUGUUCCACGACCUGAUGAUGACCUAAAAUACCUCGUAUGUUUGAGUCAGCACGAGACAUUUCCAGAUAAGGUAUACCUAACACUUACGGUUGCUAACUGGAUCAAUUAA